AUGAAAGGUACAUUUUGUAGUUAUACCGUUUGCAGCUCUUCAUCUUCUGACAGUGAUAAAGAUAACAAGAAAAAGAAGAAGAAGAAGAAGGACAAGAAAAAGAAGAAGGAGAAGGAUAAGAAAAAGAGUGAGGAGCAGAAUGAGCUCAGCAGUGUUACUGCUCUUCCAGCAGCUGGUGGUGAGAUUGCAGGACCUUGUGCUGACAGAUAUCAAAAGAAGGAUCAAGAUGCUGACAUGGCCAAGGCCAAAGACCUCAAAGCAGCAGAAGAAGGCAAACUGUCCCCUGCAUUGGCUGCAGGGGGAGCAGAGGCAUUCCCUGACGCUAUUGAGGAUGGCCACCUGAGCGAUGAUGAGGGAGAAGGAUGCAAGGAGAAGGAUAAGAAGAAGAAGCUGAAGAAGAAGAAGAAAAGGGACUCUGGCUCAUCUUCAGACAGUGAUGAAGACAAAAAAGAUAAGAAGAAGAAAAAGAAGAAGAAGGCAAAGGACUCCAGCUGCUCUUCAUCUGAUAGCUCCUCUUCAGACAGCGAAGAUGACAAGAAGAAAAAGAAGAAGAAAAAGAAGAAGAAGAAGAAGAAGGUGAAGAAGAAGGAUAAGGAUUCCAGCUCUUCCUCCUGUUCUGAUAGUGAAGAUGACAAAAAGAAGAAGAAAAAGAAGAAGAAGAAGAAGAAGAAGAAGAAGAAGUCCAGCUCUUCUGAUGAUAGCUCCUCUUGUUCCCCAUCCUCGUCCUCCUCUUCCUCUGAUAGUGAUGAUGACAAGAAAAAGAAGAAAAAGAAAGAUAAGAAGAAGAAGAAGAAGAAGGAUAAGAAGAAGAAGAAAAAGAGGGAUUCUUCUUCUUCUGACUCCUGUAGCGAUUCUUCUAGUGAUGACGAUAAGAAGAAAAAGAAGAAGAAGAAAAAGAAUAAGAAGAAGAAGCAGAAAAAGAAAGACAAGAAAAAGGACUCAGAUUCUUCUAGCAGUGAUGAUGACAAGAAGAAGAAAAAGAAGAAGAAAGACAAGAAGAAGAAAAAGAAGAAGGACAAAAAGAAGGACUCGAGCUCCAGUUCAUCGAGUUCAGCUGAUUGUUCCAGUGACAGUGACAAGGAAAACAAAAAGGAGAAGAAGGACAAGAAAAAGAAGAAGAAAAAGAGUUCGGGUUCAUCAGGAAGUGAAACUGACAAGUCGAAGAAGAACGGAAGCCCUGAUGGUGAGCAAAGCAGCGAGCCGAAAAUGGAAGUCUCGGGUUCAGGUGGUUGCGGACUCUCUGCUACCAGUGGCAGCAGCUCCAAGCCUGGUGGUGCUACUGUCGUCUCCUUCUUGUCACUCCCCUCCAAACCCGUCGUAAAGCUGGAUCCUCUUCCUCCUUCAGCUGUGUCCAAGCCCUCUGUCCCUGGCUCCUUGCUGAGUAUGGGAGACAGGGCCCCCAUUCGCAGACCCGCCAGCCCCAUGGAGGCCCUGAUGGCGAGCCCAAGGAGGUUUGGAGAUGGAGGGACCCGUUCCACUACCCACCUCACCUCAGGCGAUCUACUGAGAGGCCCCAAGCCUUACCAAUGAUGACAUGCCAGAGAUAAAACUAUUAAUGUUACUGUUUUUAAAAAAG